AUCACAGCAGUGACGUGAGCAACUAGUGUUCUAUAUUAUAGUAAACUCACAACGAUGGGCCUUCGAACAACGAGAUAAGUUAAACAAACGUCUUUUUAAAGAUAAAGUGGACUGAUAAAGAUAAACAUCUACAUGCAUUUUCAAUAAAAAAUACUCGUUAUUAGUUAGACACGUCCGCGAGUGAGACACGAGUAGCGACGGAUCGGUGCGCCUUUGUCAGAAGUGUGAUCGCGCGUCCAUGAUGCUGUCGCGCUACGUGGUGUCCCAAGUGAAGCACAACUCGUACUUCCUGGUGGGGCUGGCGCUGGGACUAUGGGUGUCGCUGGUGGUAGUGCCGCUGGAGGAAGAAUCUGGCGCGGCGUGUGCCAGCGCACUCGGGCCGCCGCCGCGCGACGACUACGAGCCGCAGCGCGAGGAGCGGCCGCUGGGUCCCGCGCCGCGCACGCAGUCCCGCACGCUGCAGCGCCCGCGCUACUACAGCACUGAGCUAGGCAUGCGAGGUUCGCUCCUCACAGGCGUGCUCAGCUCAGAGGAGGCCCUGAAGAGUCAGAUUGCCGCCUUGAACCACACCACAGCACGAUUACAUCCAGCUCUUAAGUUCUUUAUAACAGCUAGUGCUAUGAGUUCAGUGCCAGGAUUGGCUAAUGUAGUUGGCUUCACAGACACACGGGAGAUGUUGAAACCUUUUCAUGCUCUGAAGUAUUUAGCCGACAACUAUUUGGAGGAGUACGACUUCUUUUUCUUGGUCUCAGAUACAGCAUUUGUGAAUGCUCGGCGACUCACAGAGCUAGUGUCACAGCUGAGUGUGAGCGAGGACAUAUACAUGGGCACUGUGGCUGAAGAUGAUAGCCAUUAUUGCUUGCUCGAGGGUGGUGUGUUGCUGUCGAAUUCCGUGCUGCGCGCCAUCCACAAUGAGCUGGACUGGUGCGUGCGCAACUCGUACAGCCCCCACCACCACGAGAACGUGGGGCGCUGCGUGCUUCACGCCGCGCACCUGUCGUGCUCGGCGGCCGCGCAGGGCGAGCGCUACGCCGCGGUGCGCGCCGCCGCCGCGGACGCGCCGCCCGCGCUCGCGCCCGACCUGGCCGACGCCGUCACCGUGUUCCCCGUCACCAAGGCCGCCAACUUCUACACGCUGCACGCGUACGUGUCGCGCGUGCACCUGCAGCGCGACGCGGCCGAGGUGCGGCGCCUGCGCGCGGCGCUGUGGCGCGGCGCGGCCCGCCACCCGCCGCACUACCGCAACGCCACGUGGCCCGCCGGCCUGCGCGCGGACCCCGGCCUGGCGCCGCCCACGCCGGACUCCAGGUUUGACCAUCUACGUUGGGUUUCAUUUAACGCGACGCACGCGUUCUUUCCCGACGACCACCACGAGGUAGCGCCACUGACGGGCGCCAACCGCGAGGCUCUAGACCUGGUGCUGGCGGCGGCGCGCGCGUGGGGGCUGCGGCGCUGGGCGGGCGCGGCGGACGUGCGCCUGCUGGAGGGCGCGUGGCGCUGGGAGCCGGCGGCGGCGCUGCGCUACCGCCUGCUGCUGCGGCUGGCGGGCGCGGGCGGCGGCCACACGCUGCGCCUGCUGGAGGUGGUGCGGCCGCUGGGCGCCGCGCGCCUCGUGCCCGUGCGCUACGUCACCGAGAGCGCGCGCCUGUCGCUGCUGCUGGCGCUGCCCUCCAGCGGACACGACGACGACGCGGUCGCCUUCCUGCAGCGCUACGAGGCCGUCUGCCUCAACCAGGACAAGAACACCGCGCUGCUCGUGGUGAUAGUGGGCGCGGCUAACGAGACGCAGGCGGUGCGUUUGGCAGUGGGCUCGCUGGCGCGGCGGCACGCGGGCGCACAGCUGGACGUGCUGGACGUGGCGGACGAGGACGCGCCCGAGCCGCCGGGGGCGGAGCCCGAGGGCGCGCGUCUGCUGCGGGCGCAGCGCCUGGCGCUGGCCGCCGCGCUGCCGCGCCUGCCGCGGGACUCGCUGCUGCUGCUGCUCGCGCCGCACGCAGAGUACAACCAGGACUUCCUCAACCGGGUGCGCAUGAACACGAUCGCGGGCGAGCAGUGGUACCUGCCGAGCGGGUUCGCGCGCUUCUCGCUGUACGCGCACCCGCGCUUCCUGGCGCCGGGCGGCGGCAAGCCGCAGGUGAACACGGGCCGCUUCAACCUGCACUCGCGGCUGGCGCUGUCGGUGUACCGCGCGGACUACGAGGCGGCGCAGGGCGCGUGGCGGGGCCCGCGGGGCGCGGCGCCGGCCGACGUGCUGGCGCGGGCCCCGCUGCGCGUGCUGCGCGCCCCCGAGCCCGCGCUGGUGCUGGCGCCGCGGCCGCGCCCCUGCGCCCCCGGCGCGCCCCCCGCCUGCGCGCGCGCGCUGCGCGACCGCCACUUCGCGGACCUGGACGCGGGCGCGCGCCACUCGCUGGCGCAGCUGCUGCUCGAGACACAGGCCGACCUCGAGCCCUAGCGCGCUGCCCGUCCGCCCCGCGCCGCCGAAUAUAUAUGUUUUGUAUCUUGUAA